AUGGAGGUUGAUCAGCCUCAUACGAGCAAAACCGCAGCCUUUACGCCUGCUUCUCGUAUUGCCGAAUUGAACGACAUCGACCGAUCCAUUUCCACCCUCCUCUCCGCAGCAUCUGAUGCCGUCGGCAUUCUGUCGAAUUCGCCAACCACCACCGAAAAGCAGGAGACGGCUCUACGCUCAUCCUCCAGCGCACGAGCGGCCUUUUCAGCAGCAGCCGAGACCUACUUUUCUACCCUCUCAUCGAUCGAAGUCCAACUCCGCCGUCAAGUCUAUGCGUUAGAAGAGGCGGAACUCAUACGACCUGGAGAUGACAGAGACGCAAGAAGAGGCCGAGCUUUGGGCGGAGACAGUAAUUUGACCAGAGUAGGUGGUGGCCCUCUGGAUCCCAGCUGGCUCAAUGCCCGAGCGAGUGACAAGGUAGGGGCCGGAAUGAAGAGAGAGCUUCUAGCCCAGGCGAAAGAAUUUGUGGCAAAAGCAGAAAGCGAAGCGGACACUGCUGAGCAGGACGCGCCCGCCCACGACAAAGCCAGCAGCUGA